CCCUGGUUCACCAUGCCGCAGUGUUGUGUGCCGUUCUGCGUUAAUCGCAGCGAGACUUCCCCAGAACUGUCCUUUUAUCGCUUUCCUGUUGACGAAGAGAACAGGAACAAAUGGCUGCAACUUAUCAGGCGUAAAGAUUUCAUUCCAAAUUGCAACUCACGAGUUUGCAGUUGGCAUUUCCUCUCUGGAAAAAGCGAUGGACCAACUCGGUUUGUAUGGAAUGAAGCCGGAGUCUCGAACUCCCCGAGUACCAGUGGCACUCGGCCAAAAGGGCCCAAGAGGAAGAACCUUGAUCCGUCCAGUUUAGGGAUGAGCACUUUGAAGCGUGCUGACUCGGCCGGGUUGACACGUCCUGCUGACACAAUUGUGAAGAAGACCACCCCACUGCCCGAGGCUCAGAAUUCUGUGAAGAGAAAGAACGAGAGACUGAGGAAUGAAGUGGAAGACCUGAAGAAGCAGCUCAAUGUCCAGAAGCAGGUGUUCAGAUUCUCUCAGGUAGAGGAAGAUCCGGGCCAGGUGCAGCAUUACACCGGUCUGCCUGAUGUGGCGACUUUUCACUUCCUGGAGACUCUGCUGACAAGGUCUGAGCUGGAGUACCACGGUGGCUCGGGGGGGAACAGGCUACCCCUCGUGGACCAGUUGCUCAUGACACUCAUGAAGCUGAAACUGAACCUCAGCAAUCUGGACCUCGCUAAGUGCUUCGACUGCUGCACUGCUACUGUGACUGUCGUUGUCACAACCAUCAUCCGCGGUCUGUACGACAUCCUGUACGUGGGCAUGAUGGAAGGUAACAUACCGUCACGCAACAAGAAUGCGUUGAGCCUGCCUGCCUGCUUUGCACCCUUUCCAAAUUGUCGCAUUGUACUGGAUUACACUGAAGUUGCAUUGGAGGAUACUGAGAAGCUCGACCCACAGUGCCCUUCGGACAGUCAAUACAAAGGGAAAACCACGUUGAAGAGUCUGAUUGGUGUGGCUCCCAAUGGUGUCAUCACAUUCGUCAGUGAUUUGUACAGAGUCGGUGCUUCUGACAAAGCAGUCACUGCGGACUGUGGGAUCCUGGAUCACCUUCAGCCUGGGGAUCUCCUAUUGGCUGAAGAGGGCUUCACCAUCCAGGAUAUUGUGCCCCCAGGAGUGUCUGUGAAUAUUCUGUCCGUUCCUGUCAAAGGACAGUCCACCCAGGAAGAAGUUGUCAAAAACCAAAAGAUUGCAUCUGCAAGGAUCCAUGUUAAACAUUCUAUCCAGAGACUGAAACUAUUUUCAAUACUUGAUCACAUUUCAUACCAGUAUGAAACAAAUGUCAACAAAAUUUUGAAGGUGUGUGCUUGUCUGACCAAUCUGCAAAUUCCAAGCUUGAUUGAAAUUUCAACUGUCUGAAUGUGUUCCAGUGUCAUGUUCCAAUGAUGAUGUUGCUGUCAAUAUACAUUUCUAGUAUUGGCACAUGUACAUUUUAUUGUCAUGUUCAGUUAAGGAACAGUAAAUGCUGUGAGAAUGCUAACAUGCUUUACAGUUACACCCACCUUUACUUUAGGCAAAAUUUUCCAAGUACUGUAGAUAAAAUCUUGUUCUCCAGCCUG